UCAUACACUACCAGCCACUCUUCUCAACGACACUCUUAUCUGCGCUCGUGUUCUCGAAGAUGGCCUCUCGCCGCAAAUGCAAAGAUGCUACGGCCGUCCGCAUCGACAACGAUAUCUCCGAAAUAUGUCGAAUUUGGGGUAUGACAUACUUUGAGCUCGAAAGACUUCUUUCCAGCAAUGGAUUGAGCAACUCCAGUGGCAAACCCACGCCCAAUAUCAAAGACUGGGCAGUUACAAUAAGCAGAUAUCUGAAGAGAUUGGCCACUCUCGAAGCUGAUCCACAAACUGCUAUGGGACUCAUUCUUUUCGAAUCAAAGAAAAGAAAUGAUGAUGAUGCGCGUACUUUCCAUGCCUUUAGGGGCAUUCUUGGUGUUGACGUGGAUCGUGCUGUAAAAGCUCUGGAAUCUCGCAAUGGUGCUGCUCAUCGAGUGGGUACUAUCACCCGACCCCAGGAGCGCACUACGGGCCCUACGAAUGAAAACAUCAAUCAAGGCAAUCAAAAUAGCCACCAGUUGACCGCCCAUCAGGCACCACUCAACUCAAACAAUCGAAACGGCCAGCCGGCCAUUACUGAAGGUCCUAUACGCAACGCAAAUGCUCGCCCAAAUAUUCCUAACAUGGCCCCUCCUGUUGAUCGCAAUGGGCUUCCACCUCUCCACGACGUUUCUCUGCAGAUGGCAUUCAGCGAGUUUUGGCCACGUUAUGCAAUGCCCGCGCUAGGAAUUCACGGGGCAAUGACGACUAACGAGAUUAACGUCAAACUUGAGUUCGUCCAGCAUUUGAUGGACCUGGAAAGGAGUGAGAAAGCAGUGGUACAGAAAGAGGCACAAGCAAUACAGAGAUUGGUGGACGCGGAAAAGCACCAGGUCACCCUCGAGAAGUUGGAGCUGAACAAGCAGUAUCUGGAGGCGAUCAAGAGGGAGAAGCAGAUGAGGGGGGAGAUGUAGAGAUUGGAAGACGACGUGGCCUCGAUAAAUCCUAUGGACAUGGCGAUGGUCAAGAUACGUGUGCUUGCAUUAGUAAGGCGAAAGGAAGCUACAUCAUGCUGCUUACCGCUUUGAAAACAAUGUCAUCAUCAAGCCUCUGGCUUUUAGGGAUCGGAGGCAUGUUAAAGAGAGCGUGAUCGGAUAGUCAUUAGAGUUGUAGGUAACUCGUUAUGAAC